GGCGAUGAUGUAAUAUUGCGUUGCGAUUCCAUGGAUUUAGUCAGCUGUUCUGGAAACUCGUUAGAGUUCAACCCAAAGUUAGUUUUUAGGGUUCAACGCCUUAUGGUUUCACAAAUUCUCCGACCUUCCGCUUCAUGGGCUCGAAAUGUGUUAAAUACUUCAAAUCUCAGUUCCGUAUACGUUCAUGGUAAUGCGCUCGCUUCCUAAAGAAUUGAUCGAAGACGCCGAGGGAAAUGAAACAAAUCAAUCUUAAACGGCACUCUCCGCUCCUGGAUCUUCGCACUUCCAUCCAAUGCAUUGAUCUAGCGCAAAAACAGAGUUCCUGCAACUAUGGCACAGGCAUACCCAUGUUCACCCACGCUGACCCAACUCGAAUUUUGGGCUUGGACCACAGAUCGCGAGAGAGAGAUUGAAUGGAGCAAAGGAGCACCCCAAAUUAUAGGAACGUCUAAUAGCGACCAGCAAGUUCCUUGCCUGACAUUAACAUAUCCACUGGCAUCGGCUAUCACCAGGGCUCUCUAUCUGGGUCGAGAGCACACAGCGCACGAGGCACACGAGCGGAACUGGAAGGCGAAGCUUGAGACGAGAAGAACAAAGACGACCGCUAAAUCAAAGUCUGUUGUAUUUGGGAUCGCCAUGAAGGAACUAGAGAUCGAGAAGAACGGAAAAUCAACUACAGAGCAAACGAGAGAGCUCGAGCAUUUGUUCAGAGCGCAAGCCCGCAACGACAUCGAGAUAAGUUUUAUCAAGGAAACUGAAGAUGGUUUUAGGCGUGUCCAUGAGCAGUCCCUAGAAAGGCGGACUGCUGCGUGGCUUAGAGUCGACAGUAUAUUGAAACAUGUAUGGUGGGAUGCAGGUCUUCAACGACAAGAGAAAGGCGGUACUCAAAGAGACCUUGGAGUUAGCAGUGAAAGUAGAAACGAGGCUAACCUUAAAUCAACUUGAAUAGCGCUGCUAGCUAGAGAUGUAAACCUCAAAACAGCAAGAGGUAUAAUCUAAAGUCUAGACAUAACCUAGAAGUAGAGGCCAUAUGCUAAAGAUUUACGUAUACUAGACUUUCUCUAGAUUAUCUAACUAAAAGCAAAGUAGGAUCUUAGGGG